UAAAGUUUUGUCAAACAAACACCGUGACGUCACAGUGUCAUGGCGGCGAGCAGUUCGGCCGUGUCAGUUUUAACUCCGAAUGGAAGAAGACAGACCGUCAAAGUGUCUCCAAACACACCUUUAUUGCAGGUGCUUGAGGAUGUGUGUAAAAAACAUGGCUUUAACCCGGAUGAACAUGGACUCAAGUUUCAGAGGAUGGUUCUAGAUCUGUCUCUGCAGUGGCGUUUUGCCAGUCUGCCAAAUAAUGCUAAGCUGGAGAUGGUGGUGUGUUCGAGGCCGCUGACUGGAGCCGAGAGCACGGUGCGUCUCGCGCUGCAGAUGGAGGACGGCUCUCGUCUUCAAGGCUCCUUCUCGAGCGGACAGACCUUAUGGGAUCUCCUGACACGCUUCCCUCAAACCAGGACGUCUGAUCUGGACGCGUCUGGACCUACGCCAGUGUGUGUUUACAUGAGAGACGAGGUCAGCGGGAAGGACGCGCUGAAGAAGACGACUCUGAAGUCUCUGGGGCUCACCGGAGGAAGUGCCAUCAUACGUUAUGUGCUGAAAAGCUCUGGCUCCUCGUGUCCUGAUGCAUCUGUGGAUGCGGUCGCUAUGCCAACGAAUGCUGUUGCCAAGACCACUAUAUCACAGCCGCCUUCUGAACCACCCGAGGAGCCCGCUCCCGUUCCCAUGGAAACCCCAGCUCUUCCCACCGAGGUCACCGCCCCGCCGAACCAUCAUCCUGUCAAACAGGAAGAGGAGGAGCCAAGCGUGAGCCGGGAGCAGGAGGUGCGGCCUAAAACUGACCCGCCUCCACAAGCAAACCUAGUGCCGCAUGAGGACAACGAGCGACCUGGGACGUCCCAACAGAGCCAAGGCCCCGCCCCCUCAGCCACGCCCACUGACUUUGUGCCGUUUUCGGGAAGCGGACAGCGUCUGGGAGGAACUGCUGGACUGAAGACAUCCACGUCAUGGUCAUCAUGUGUGUCCGGCAGCCCGCCGAAAGCCAAGAAACCCAAACCCAGCCACGAAAUCAAGCGGUCAGUCAGUGCCAACCCGGCGACGGACGAAGAGGAAACAGAUGAAUUUCUGGAGCCGGUCGACAGGGAGCCGCUGGUUUUCCAUCUGGAUUCUGGAAUACGUCACCAUGACGACACAGAGCUUCCUGACGAGUUUUUUGAAGUCACUGUUGACGACAUUCGGAAGAGAUUUGCACAACUAAAGAGUGAGAGGAAGGCUCUGGAGGAAGCUCCUCUCAUGACGAAGUCCCUGCGAGAGUCUCAGGUGAAGGAGAAGCUGGACAGGUAUCCGAAGGUGGCUCUGAGGGUCCAGUUUCCUGACCGCCACGUUCUUCAGGGCUUCUUCAGACCUCUAGAAACAGUCUCUGCUCUGAGGAGUUUUGUCAGAUCUCACCUGCAGGACCCACAGAUGCAGUUUUACCUGUUUGUUGCUCCUCCUAAAACCAUCCUAGACGAGCCGAAUGUCACUCUAUUCCAGGCGAGUCUCUUCCCUGCUGCUCUCGUGUACUUCGGCUCAGACGUGAGGACAGAUGGAUUCUUGCGCUCUGAUCUUCUGGACAUCGGUGUCUCCGCUCUACAGGCUGAUGAACUCAUAGCAGGCUGCAUGCCUCGCUCUCCUCCAGCCGUCUCUGAAGAACCCCCCCCACCCGCUCCUGAGUCAUGUGACUCCUCCGGCCAGCGGGGGGCGUCGGAGGACAGCGGUGAUGCUCAUCCAGCGGAGGUCAGACCGGUCAGGACCGACCCCGGGAAAGUGCCCAAAUGGCUCAAACUGCCAGGUAAGAAGUGAGGAGGACGAGAGCAUUUCCCUUCACUACAUCAGUACUUUAACAAUAAUUCAUCAAUUAAACACAAGAUGAUGAUUGCCAAA